UAUGUCAACACGAGUUUCGACGAAUUACCAUAAGUGUGGUUUAACGGAGACCUUAGACAGUGGAUUACCAAAACUACGACCAGGAUCCAGUUUAUUUACGAAAUGGAAGAGAGUGUUACUAAAGCAGUUGGUGAUAUCAGCUAAACAUCCCGAUUGUAAGUUUUACUUUAAAAGUAACGCGAUGAUAUUGUCAGAAACGAGAAGGCAAAUGCGCUAUCCACCAUACACAAUUCACCCCUUUAGUAAAGUUGCGCUUUAUCGAGAAGUCAUAAUGAGCAUAAUAUGGUUUUUUGACUUUUACUUCAGCCCACUCUUCUCGGCAUUUAAUAAAGAACCGUUGAACUUCUUUUACAAUUUUUGGCAUACUUUGGAUUUGGUAUGUCAAGUAUUUCUAAUGCUGAAUGUUGUGAUGUGUUUCUUCAUUGGAGUAAUGGAGGAACAAACGAAGAAAGUCGAACUGGAAUGGAAAAAGAUUGCAAAAAAAUAUUUGUCGACUUUCUUCAUUUUUGAUUGCGUUGGAAGUCUUCCGUUUGCUGCGGCAAUGAUAAUGUUUCGAAAUCGUGAGAAAAAGUAUCCAGUUAUUUGCAUUACUUCAUAUUUUAUCCACAUGGUUCGAUUCAUAAGGCUUAAAUCCGCAAUUCAAUAUUUUCAACGCAUUACUUCGAAACUUGGUAUUACUUUUUUAAUGCACGAGUUUAUCUGUUUAGCACUUAAAUCGUUAUUCGUGGUGCACUGGUGCGCGUGCUAUGUAUAUCUUAUACCCAAAGUGAUUUUCCAUUAUGUUAACUACGAAUUCGAUAAAUCGUGGUGGAUAUACCGCAAUAACAUCAGCAUCCAUUCAAAGACCCUUGAUGCACCGAGUGCGUACUCAAAAUCACUACGCGCUGCUUUCUGUCACGUCUAUGGGAUUUCGCUUGAAGGAGUGGUCGAGAACGAACCCUUGGAUCAUAUAAUUUUUUCACUUACAAUGGUGAUUGGGUUUUUCCUUGUUGCUUUCAUAACGGCGAGAAUAUUUUUGAUUGUAAAGACCUCUUACGCGUCUGAAACGGAAUACGAAGACUUACUUCACCAGUUCCUUGAGUAUGGCAAUAGAAAGAAAAUGCCAGUGAAAAUGAAAAACAGGAUGAUUCAAUGUUUGGAGCACAAUUACCAGAAGCGGUAUUUUCACGAAAAAAUUAUUCUAAACACUUUGUCUGGUCAUCUGAAAGCUGAACUAUUUCUCCAUGAUUGUAAAAGACUAGUAGAAAAAGUAAAAAUGUUCCAAGCAUUUUCUAAGAGCACUGUAGGUCUGCUGAUAAGCCACUUUAAGCGAGAAGUUUUUCUCAAAAACGAUAUCGUGUUCAAACACGGACAACCUUAUGACGCAGUACGUUUCAUUUUGUAUGGAACCAUUGCGUUCAUUUUGGCAGAUGGGUCCGAAGCUUCACAUAUGCAAGACGGAUUUGCUUUGGGUUUACUGGGAUUGGUUUUGCAUAAUGAGCAUUAUAUCGCAACUGUAAUUACUUUGGAAAUAUGCGAAAUGUAUAAGAUAGACUGGGUUGAUUUAGAAUACUGCAUUCAAAAAGACGAAGAAAUUUAUCACGUAUUGCACGCUUUGGCAGAAGAGCAUCUUGCAGUUGUUGCCAAUUUUUUGAAGACCAAAAAAAAGGAGAAUGUUACUGAACAGCUAUGUAAAGGUAAAGUUUUGGAGCAUGAAUUAUACACACGAAGAUAGUAACUACGUAAAAAGUAGAAGAAGGUGAAGUACCUAGAA